CUUCUACACUCUUUUCUUUUUUUCCUUUUUAUUUUACAUUAACAUCUUUUGAUGACAGAUCAAGAUCCAUAUGGAGCGAUCAACUUUGGAGAGUUUCGAAAAUAUAUGCAAAAUAAACAAUCGAAACUCAAAGAACAAGAAGCAAUAUUAGGAAAUCAAGCAGAAGGAAAUAUUAUACCAAUUUUGAAAGGUCUAUCUAUUUAUGUUAAUGGAUAUACUGAUCCUCCUCAAAGUGAACUACGACGAAUUAUUGUUCAAUAUGGAGGAGACUAUCAGCAUUAUUUGAAAAAAUCCAAAGUGACUCAUAUCAUAGCAACUACUUUGACUAAUUCUAAAAUGCACGAAUUCAGGGCGUACAAAGUGGUGACACCAAGUUGGAUCAUGGAUUCAAUUAAAGCAGGACAAUUAUUACCUUGGACAAAAUACAGAGUGAUACAUAAUGAACGAGCUCAAAAAGAAAUAAAAUUUAAUCGAUCUAUCAGCACAGAAUCAUCUUCUACUACACUUACAUCAAUACGACAGAAUAUUGAAGAACUUACUUCUGGCAACGAUAAUCAACUAUCUAAUACCAAGGAAUCUAUAUGUCAUUCGUUUUCUACACCGACAAAUGUGAAUCGACCUUCUCCUUUGACAAUAGCACCACUACGACCUUCUUCAUCAGCAUCAUCAAGAAUAUCACCACAACCAUCUUCUCCAUCAUCGAAAUUAGAAAAUAUACAACCUUCUGGAAAGGAUCUCAAUGCAGCAUUAUUAUCAAAUCCAUGGAAUCGCAAUAAUUCUACCGCAAAUCCUGAUUUUGUCAAGCGAUACUAUCAAUCAUCUCGAUUACAUCAUUUAUCUUCAUGGAAAGCAGAACUCAAAGAUAUUGUACGGAAAGCGAAGGAACAACGAUCAUCAUCUUCUCACUCAUUAAAACAGAAACAACAAUCCCAUCGUCGAUUAGUGAUGCAUGUUGACUUUGAUUGCUUUUUUGCCUCUGUUGGAAUCAAAAGUAGACCAGAAUUAUCAUGUUUACCAGUGGCUGUCUCUCAUGGAAAAGGUCUUCAAAAAAAUUCAUCAAGUGAUAUAGCGUCAUGCAACUAUAUAGCAAGGUCUUUUGGUAUUCGAAAUGGCAUGCGUGUGGGACAAGCUCAAGAAUUGUGUCCUGAUCUUCAUAUCAUACCAUAUGAAUUUGAAGAAUACAGAAAAGUAUCAGAAAUAUUUUAUAAUAUUUUGUUUGAAUAUGCUGAUGAAAUUCAAGCUGUUAGCGUUGAUGAAGCCUUGCUGGAAGUUGGAUCUCAUAUUACACAAGCGGAAACUGGACAAGAAGAAUCUUUGGCUAAGAAAAUACGUGAUGAUAUCCGAGAAAGAACAGGUUGUGAAGCAAGUAUUGGAAUUGGACCCAAUAUUCUUAUAGCAAGAUUGGCAACCAAAAAGGCAAAACCCUGUAAUCAAUACUACUGUAAAACGCAAGAUAUUCAAUCAUUUCUGACUGAUCAAAAUGUAGGAGAUUUACCUGGUGUCGGAUAUUCCAUGGAAAGUAAACUGCAGGAAAUGGGAGUGACUACUGUUGGGCAACUUGGGAAAAUGGCACUCUCUACUUUGAAAUCAAAAUUUGGUCCAAAAACUGGUCAAACACUUUAUAGUUUUGCAAAAGGUAUUGAUGAUCGUCCCCUUGUUACUGAUCAGCCUAGACAAUCUCUUAGUGCUGAAGUCAACUGGGGUGUUCGAUUUGAAAAUGACGAUCAAGCCGAUAAAUUUUUGGAAUCCUUAGCGACAGAAGUCAGUGAAAGAUUAAAGGCGAUCGACAAGAAAGGGAAAAACAUUACUCUCAAGGUACUGGUCCGAUCUAUCUAUGCAGGUGAAGCGGAAAAACAUCUUGGCUGUGGAGAAUGCGAUAGCUAUUCAAAAUCCAUAACGUUGGAUUCCUUUACUAAUGAUCCUGAUCUCAUUGCAUCCCAUGUCAAGCGUAUAUUGAAAACAUUUUCAUUCUUGGUUAGUGAUAUAAGAGGUCUAGGCAUUCAAAUACAAAAGCUGAACGAUGAUGAUGAUGGCAGUGAUUCUGAAGACGAGCGGCAAUCAAAACUUCCAUUUGGUACCAUGACAUCUUCGACGACUGAUAAAGUCCAAGAAACUGAAACUUGUAAAGACAUACAAAGGAAAAACAAGAUGACGGUGGAUUAUAAUGUAUAUAUGGAACUACCUCAAAAUAUACAACAAGAGUUAAAAGAUGGAUAUGAAUUGGAACUAGUACAUGAAUCAACGAAAAAUCAACAACAGCCUAUGAAUUCUUCAAAGUCAAUAACCAUGGAAAAUAAUAAUAAUAAUAAUAAUAAUAUGACUACUGCAUCUACUCAAAGUUUAACGGUCCUUCCAUCUUGGUCUCAACUAGAUCCUGCAGCCCUUUUGGCGUUACCAAAUACAAUGCAAAAACAAGUAUUAGAAGCUUAUACUACUAUUAGUUCAUCGACAGAAACAAGGGAACAUGGAAAGCAACAGGAAACAUCUACAUCAGUUUCAAAGUUUUCUCUUAAAACAUCGACAUCUUCCUCCACAACGAACAACGGCAAUAGUUCAAGGAUUACGAAAUCACCUCAAAAUAGGCGUACAAAAUCGAAAACCAUUGAAAAAAAACCGGUCGUCACUCUUACUCAACUUUUCCCACCUAGCCCGAAAAGAUCCUCCUCUUGUCAAGAUAAUGAUAGCCAAUCUGGUUUUGACGUUGGGAUGCUGACAAAUACGAAUAAUAAUGAUGAUGAUGAUGAUAUUUCGACCACUGGAUCCUUCGAUCAUGACGACCAACUACUAGGAAACAUGCAUCCCAAGGAUACGGAGAUAUGGUCUCAGCUACCCAGAGAUAUCCAACAAGAACUAUUGGAAAUUUAUCGACAAAAACAAGAACGAAAAAGGCACCAUCAGGUCAGUACUCGAUCAUCAUCACCAUUAACAUCAUCAAUAGCACUUUCUUCUUCAGCGGAAAGCAACAAUAAAGUCCAAAAAGAACCAAAGCUAAUGGGGAAAUCGGAACUCGAGGAUGUACGAAAUUUACUAAAUGAAUGGGUACAGGAAUAUAAAACAAUGCCCGAUCCAAAGGAUGUUGAUACAGUGACGAAUUAUUUGAAACAACUGGUUUGGUACAAGGAUUUGGAAAGAGCCCAGCUGCUACUGAUGCAUUUGAACCAUAUUAUUCGACGACAACAUGGAAUAGGGCCCGAUUGGAUUCCUUUUAUGGACAAGAUGCAACAAACGAUAUCUACCGAAGUGGAAGCUAUCUUCAAGGCACCUUUAGGAUUAUAGUCAUCAUUUAUUUAGUAUAUAUUACAUUUGUAUUAUAGUCAUCAUUUUUUUUAUCGUGAUAAUAAUAAUAAUAAUAAUAAAAAAAGGUAGAUAGAUU